AUGCUGCCGAGAUUUCACACAAACAAAAACUAAUUUCACACUCGACUAAAUGAAACGGAAGCAACCUGAAUGCAGAGAGGAAAUAAUUUAUGACCUAAAACGGAGUUCGUUUCCUUUCGUGUCAGCGUUAAAGUAUUGUUUGGGAGUGUGAGCGCUAAUUUUAGCUCAAGCUAACAGUCAGGGGCGCGCGUGUCCGGGCUCGAGCAGAACCGGAGAGCCCAAUGGCUGACCCGAGAAAAGUCCCGUUCGUCACCCUCGCCUCUUUCAGCACCACACCGGCGGCGCCCGAGACUAAAAAACGCCGACGGGAGGAUGAGGAGAAUGAGCCGACCCCCGGUGUCACCGGCGGGGGGCUGUUCGGUAAUGUUACCGCGAAACCGGCUACGGAUCCUGGCGAACCCAAACGCACCGUCCGACUAAACCUGAGCCUGUCAGAGCCGAAUGAGCAGAAAUCAGCAGAGUUUAACUACGGCGAGCUGAUCACCGCCAGCCUGCAGGUGAGGAAAGCUCCUCAGGGUCUCACUCCAGCUCUGGACCCCAGCGAUCCGUUUGCAGACGAAGACAAAGAGCGGCAGGAAGUCGAGGCUCUCGCCAGGAAGUUUGAGAGCAAAUAUGGAGGCGCUGUUAAGAAGAAGAGGAAAGACCGGAUGCAGGAUCUGAUUGAUAUCGGUUAUGGAUAUGAUGAAACGGAUCCGUUUAUUGACAACUCUGAAGCGUAUGAUGAACUGGUUCCUGCAUCUCUGACCACUAAACUGGGCGGUUUCUACAUCAACACUGGCACACUGCAGUUCAGGGUGGCAUCUGAAUCUGAGGGAGAAGAUGCUGGAAAAGAGUCCAAUCACAUUAAGAAAGAGGGAGAGGAGCGGGUGAUAAAGCGAAGGAAAAAGAAGCAGGAUGGAGGACUGGAGGAGAAGAAACCCAGGAAAUUCAAAGUUCCCAAACCGGGUGUGUCAUCACUGAAUCGACCGGAGAAGAAGAAGAGGAAGAAGCUGAUGAAGGACUCUCUGUCUCUGGCAGCCAUGCUGCGGCGCUUCACCCGCGAGAAAGAGGAGAUCCGCAAGAAAUCCCCAGUAUCCGCAGUCAAGCUGGUCCGCGCUCCUCCAAACCCAGCCGUCACCUCCGCUGCCGCCCCCUCUGAUGACCUGUCCAUGGCUGACAUCACCGCUGACCCGGCCAUGAUGUCACUGUUGGGUGGAGCUACAGAGAACGACAUGCUGCAAGAGCUGAUGGGCGACCUGGACUUCGGGCUGCUGGACUCUCCGCAGCCGUCUAGCCCUGGGCAGAGCGAGAACGGCAAAGCAGGAGCUACAGGGCGAGUGCAGAAGAGUGGGAUGAUGCCGAUGCCACCACCGCCUCUGCCCAACAGCCUGCCUGCACCACUGCUCAAACGCAUCGAGGACCUGCGGGCGGCGUCUCGUCUGUUUGAUAUGGAGGGCAGGAAGAAGUUUUUCACGCUGGACAUGAACAACAUCCUGCUUGAUAUUGAGCUGCAGGUGCAGGAGCAGCCCGUGCCAAUCCGCGCUGCUGUUUACACUCAUCUAGAGGCAUUUGUGCCCUGUAAUAAAGAGGCUCUGCUGAAGCGUCUGAAGAAGCUGAGUCUGAACAUCCAGGACGACCGGCUGCGGACGCCGCUGCUCAAACUCAAGCUGGCCGUGUGCAGUGUGAUGCCGGAGCAGAUCGCGCGAUACAACAUGGACUGCAUGGCUAAAGUCGCCAAGCAGCAGACUGAAGACUUCGACAGGAAUGGCUCAGAGGAGGAGGACGAUGAGAAGCCUGGAAAACGAGUGAUGGGACCCAGGAAGAAGUUUGUGUGGGACGACAAACUCAGGACUCUGCUGUGUAAUCUCGUGCGGGUGAAGCUGAGCUGUUACGAGCUUGAGGCUCAGAGUUCACUCUCUCCUGAAGAUUACCUGAAGGUCUUCAUGGAGACCGAGGUCAAGCCUCUCUGGCCCAAAGGAUGGAUGCAGGCCAGGAUGUUGAUUAAGGAGAGUCGUUUAGCUCACAAUCACCUCACGGCAAACGUAA